AUGAAAGGAUCAAGUUCAUCCCGAUAUUCCAACGGGUCGGAUUAUGAGGUUGAUGAAGCUGCACCUUCUUCAUCGUCCCCACCACCAGUGAGGGAAGAUGGUUUCCAAUAUGAUGUGUUUCUAAGCUUUAGGGGACCGGACGCUCGCAAGGGCUUCACCAGCCAUCUCUAUCGAGCAUUGCAACACAAGAGCAUCCACACUUUCAUCGACAGCGAGGAGUUGGAGAAGGGUCAGAGGGUGGAGGAGCUAUUUGGGUAUGUAGAGAGAUCCAAAAUAUUUGUGCCCAUCUUCUCCAAAGGUUAUGCCGAUUCAGAGUGGUGUUUGAAAGAGAUAGCUAAGAUGGUGGAGUGCAAGAGGCUCAUCAUACCAGUCUUCUUUGAUGUUGAGCCAAGAGACGUCCGUCAUCAAUCUGGCCCUUUCGCACAUGCAUUCACAAGAUAUCUUGAAAAUGGUAUGACAAACAAGGAGGAGGCGAGGAAAUGGAGUGAUGCUCUGACGGCAGCUGGGAAAGUCGUAGGAGACGAGGCAACUGAGAUCAAAAAAAUUGUGACGAGGAUCUUGACUGAAGUAAACAGGGCCCCUCUAUUUAUUGGAGAUACACAUCCAAUAGGUCUAGAUUCUCGAAUUAAAGAGUUGGUGGAGGUGCUGGAUGUUGAAGCCCAGAAUGAUGUCAAAAUGGUUGGGAUCCAUGGAAUGGGUGGGAUCGGCAAGACGACUCUUGCCAGGGCUGUCUAUAACCAACUCUUUCUGCAUUUUGAUGCUUGUAGCUUCAUUUCAGACGUUAGAGAAGCAGCAAAGCAGUCCAAACUCGUUUCCCUCCAAGAACAGCUGCUUCGUGAUGUUCUCAAGGAUGAAAAGGUGAAAGUAAAUGACACUGCUCAUGGAACUGGCAUGAUCAUGGAUCGAAUUAAGCAUAAGAAGGUUCUGCUAGUUCUUGACGACGUUGAUAGUGAAUCACAGCUCGGUGCAUUGGUCGGCAGUGUGGAUCAUUUUCGGCCUGGGUCAAGAAUCAUCAUUACUACUAGGGAUAAGCAGGUGUUGAUUGGGCCACCAACACUAAGAGUAAAAAAUGUGUAUGAGAUUAAGGAGCUCGAUCCUGCCCAAGCACUUCAGCUUUUCAGUUGGCAUGCAUUUGGGAAAGAGGAGCCACCCGCUGAAUUUGCAAAUUUAUCAAAGGAAGUUGCAGCUACUGCUGCUGGGUUGCCACUAGCCCUCAAAAUAUUCGGUAGACAUUUCUUGUGCCAGAAAACAACUAAACAACGAGAAGCCAUGUUGAAAAAGUUGAAGAAAGAUCAACACAAAGAUAUCCAUGAGAGGUUGAAGAUAAGUUUUGAUGCCCUUGAUAAAGAAGAAAAAAUUGUAUUUUUGGACAUAGCCUGCUUCUUUAUUGGUCAACAAAGAAGUUUUGCUACUUUCAUGUGGGAAGAACGCGACCUCUUCCCAGACCUAACAAUCGAAGUCUUAAUGCACAAGUGUUUAGUCAAUAUAAAUGAACAUACAGAAGCGUUUGAAAUGCAUGACCAUAUUAGAGACAUGGGAAGGAAAAUUGUGGAAGAUGAGAGCCCUUCAGAUCCAGGAAUGCGCAGCAGGUUGUGGAAGAAAGAUGACCUAUUAUAUGUACUGAAAAACAAGACGGGAACAGAAAAAAUUGAAGCCAUCGAUAUCUCUUGUCUAUCGAUAGAUUCAGUGGAUGUUGACACGGAGUCCUUUGUAGGAAUGUCUCGACUUAUAAUGCUUCGGUUGGGAAAUGUGACAUUGGGAGGAGAAUAUGGACAUUUUCCUAGUACCCUCAAAUGGUUGAAUUGGAAUUCACGGUACUUGGAUUCAUUUCCUUGCACCCUUCCACUUGAGAAUAUUGUCGUUCUCGACUUCUCAAAAAGUUGUAUAACUCAAGUAUGGAAUCACCACGGAUUUAAAGAGACCAAGGUGUUUGGCCAAUUAAAAGUACUAAAUCUCAGUUCAUGUUGGAAUCUCACCAUUUGUCCAGAUUUUACGACCAUGCAACAUCUAGAGAAGCUGUAUUUUAUAGGUUGUAAGAAGUUGACUGAACUUCAUCCAUCUGUUAAGUAUCUCAAGAGCUUGACUCACUUGUUUUUGACGGGAUGUGAAUCAUUAAAAGAAAUGCCUCAAGGAGUUUGGCAAUUGACAUCGCUUGAAGAGCUUUAUGUCUGCGGCUGCUCUCAAAUUACAGCUUUGCCAUCACAGUUGAUGGAUUCUAAGUCAUUGAAGCGGCCCUUGCUUGGCAAAUUAAAAGUCAUGGAUCUCAAUUCAUCUUGGAACCUUACCAUCUGUCCGGAUUUUACGUGCGUGCAUGCCACAUCUAGAGAAAUUGGAUUUUGGAGAGUUCAUGCAGCAGAUUGCUAUGAAAUGGAAGUGAUAGCAGAUGUUUCAAAGGCAUUUGAUUUAUGGGAAUUGGACCUAACCGGCUGCCAAAAGCUUGAGGAUGUUCCUGGUGUUGAGCAGUUGAGAUGUUUAAAGAAGCUGAAGCUUGGAGGAUGUAGAAGCCUUUCCAACUCUUUCAAAAAAAGAGUACAGGAGGCAGACUUUCCAGACUUGGAGGAGUUGACCAUCCCUGGAAGCAUGGAAGAAUCGUGA